CCUCCGCCCGCGGGCAGCGGCUCGGCGGCGGCGGCUAAUAACAACACGAGAAGAUGAGCUGCAACUUCGCUCCACUUCUCUAACCUUAUCGAGCUGACAAUUUGUACCGCUUUCCUCCUACUUUAUCUUUUCUUUUGUUUUCUUUUUGGUAGAAAGAUAACUUCUUUUUGUAAACUAAAGGGCGGGGGGGGAGGGGUGAUCCGAGGCGUUUCUCUCUCUCCCGUUUUUUAAAUCCCUUAGUCAGAGGCUGCGUGCAAAUUAAAAGCAACCUUUAGGAGACAAUCCAGCCUCCCGUACCUCUGCCUUGCUGAGACCCCCGUUGCCGUCCUCGGGCGCGGCGGCGACAGGCAGGGGCAGGCGGUGCCCGCGUGUGUGUGUGGCGAGGCGGGUCAGGCACGGCCGGGCCAGCCCUGCUCCUUGCUAACGCUAUCGGCGGCAGACGACGACCGGCUGCAGGGGACCAUUUUGCCGCUGCUCCUCUGGUGGCGGCGUCGCCGUGUGGUGGAGGGGCUGGCCGGGUGGGGAGGAACGGAGGCAGGCUACAGCUUGCUGCACAGGGCAUAUUUACAUACACAAAUAGCAACUGAGUGCGCAGAGUUUCUCCUGACGGCUCGGUGGCGGUAGGUUCUGCGAGCUGCCUGGAGAUUCCCGAGCUGGAACUCUCCCGAGCCGAGCAGGGGCGGGGGCAGAGGACAGCCGAGGUAGGGCAUGAGUUUUAGCGCAAAAAGCGGCGCUUUGCUGAGCUCCCGGGCACCUCGGUGGUGGUGGCGGCGGUGGCAGCAGCCCUUCUGCGCCACGGCGGGGCCCACCUGGUCGUACUUCGGUGGCAGCCGGCCGCGGCCCAUCCUGGACAUGUCCUACUCCCGCCACUUUCUGGAUUUCCAGGGCUCGUCCAUCCCCAGCUCCAUGAAGAAGCUGGUGGUGACUAAACUGAGCCAAAACUUCAGGGAAGCGGUAACCCUGCGGCAGGACUCACCCGUGCCACUCCCGGGAGACGGAGACCUCCUUGUCAGGAACAGAUUUGUCGGCAUUAAUGCAUCUGACAUAAACUACUCAGCCGGUCGAUAUGACGCAUCCGUUAAGCCCCCAUUCGAUAUAGGUUUUGAAGGUGUCGGUGAGGUGGUAGCGUUAGGACUCAGUGCUAGUGCCAGCUAUACAGUGGGUCAGGCCGUGGCCUACGUGAAAGCAGGUUCCUUUGCCGAAUACACAGUCGUGCCUGCCGAACAAGCAGUUCCUCUACCUUCUGUGAAACCCGAGUUUCUUUCUUUAAUGGUAAGUGGCGCAACUGCAUACAUCAGUUUGAAAGAGCUGGGAAAGCUGUCUGAAGGCAAGAAGGUUCUGGUGACAGCAGCAGCUGGAGGAACAGGCCAGUUCGCUGUGCAGCUUGCAAAGAAGGCAAAAUGCCAUGUAAUUGGAACCUGCUCCAGUGAUGAAAAGGGUGGUUUUCUGAAGUCCAUUGGCUGUGACCGUACGAUCAACUAUAAAACUGAAAAUGUUGAAUCUGUUCUUAGGAAGAACUACCCCGAAGGUGUGGAUGUAGUGUAUGAAUCUGUUGGGGGAAAGAUGUUUGACUUGUCUCUUAACUCUUUGGCUACCAAAGGGUGUCUGAUAGUUAUUGGCUUUAUCGCCGGCUACCAAAACCCUGUUGGCUUCCACCCCAUCAAAGCAGAGUCAUUGCCAGCGAAACUACUGAAGAAGUCUGCCAGCAUCCGGGGUUUCUUCUUGAACCAUUACUUUUCCGAAUACAAACCAGCUCUGAAGCACUUGCUUGAGAUGUAUGAAAGAGGAGACCUGGUUUGUGAGGUAGACUUUGGCGACUUGUCUCCGGAGGGCAGGUUCACUGGCUUGGAGUCUGUAUUCCGUGCUGUAGAUUACAUGUACAUGGGAAAAAACAUUGGGAAAAUUGUAGUUGAAUUACCUCACUCUGUCAACAGUAAGCUGUAAAAACAGAACAAUGAUAUAAAUCAGAAGAGAGAAAAUGGGCACUUUAUGCUGCAGAAUUAGUAGAAACAAUUUAAUUUUUUUAAAACUUAGUAAUGGAUAUUAUAUUAAAAAGCACCAUUAAAGUGUUAAUAAAAAGUUUUGUGUUCUUUUUUUUCUUUCCUCAAAACUGCUUAAAUCAAUGGCUGUAGCACAGACUUAAUGGCCCUGCAUUUGAUUCUGUUGCUUAGGCUCACGUGAGACGAGAACAUUGUUCUUGACAGAAUAAGUCUUGCUGCAGAGACAGAUUUAGUCUGUGAGACUGGUUUGGGAAGACUUUAUAUAAUAGUUCAUCUCAGAAAAAAAAAAAAAAACCUUUUUCAGCAAUUGCGAUUCCCUGAUUCAAAAAUAAAAUUAUUAGAACAAGACUAAGUAAAGAAUUGUGUUUUGUGGUUGCUCCAUUAAUCUCCUGAAGUUUCUGGAAAAAAUUAUGCUCAUGAUUUUUUUUGUCACAAACACGAUCAUUGUAAUUCAGUUGCGUCAUGGAUCAUGGUAAUAUUCCUUGACUGCUUACAUAGAGAAAUUUAUCCUCCGACUCUGACGUGUCAGUAGUAUUAGGAAAAGAAACGACUUUUCUUUUUUAAUUACGUCUUUCCUAACUACCAACAACUGUGAAAUUUUCCUUUAACUCUUUAACUACAAGUUGCAACACAGUCUCAUUUUCUUGCCUUUUCAUUUGCUACUGUUACUGUUUACUGUC